AAGAAGCAACACAAGCAAAAGCAGCAUUCCGAUCCAACAAUACCCUUCAGCCCCGACGAAAACAUCCUCCUUGUCGGCGAUGGCGACCUUAGCUUCGCCGCCUCCCUGGUCGAGCACCACCGCUGCACCAACCUGACCGCCUCCGUCUACGAAAAGGACCUCGACGAGCUAUCCGCGAAAUACCCCCACGUGCGCGCCAACGUCGACAAGAUCCUCGCCGUGCCUGGCUGCAAGGUUCUCUACAACGUCGACGCGCGGCGCAUGGCGCCCUUCGCCCACAAGGCCAAGCCCAAAGACAAGCAGGCGGGCCGGGUCGAGCAGGUCGGCACCAUGGACCGCAUCAUCUUCAACUUCCCGCACGUCGGCGGCAAGUCCACCGACGUCAACCGCCAGGUGCGCUACAACCAGGAGCUGCUGGUCGACUUCUUCAAGCGCUCCUUGCUCUCGCUGGCCCCCGGCGGUUCGGUGAUCGUCACCCUGUUCGAGGGCGAGCCCUACACGCUGUGGAACAUUAGGGAUCUGGCAAGGCACUCGGACCUGGCCGUCGAGAAGAGCUUCAAGUUCCAGGCGAGGGCGUAUCCGGGCUAUCACCAUGCUAGGACGCUCGGGGUCGUCAGGAACAAGAAGGGGGAGGCGGCCGAGGGUGCUUGGAAGGGCGAGGAGAGGCCGGCGAGGAGUUAUGUCUUUGUCAGGAAGGAUGAUGUGCCGAAGCCGCCCGCUCCGGGCAUGGGGAAGAAGAGGAAGGCGGAGGAGUCGGAUGAUGAGGAUGAAGAGGAGGGUGAUAAUGAUUGGGGCAGC